AUGUCUACGCGUUUCUCUGUUUCAAGCCUCGUAUUCAUGAAGGAGCAGAUGGCGAAGAGCUUCCACAUUGACUGGAAAACAGCACGUAUACCGCGAGGCCGAGCCCGGACGUCGCUCUUGGACCUUCCGAACGAACUACUCCUCCAGAUUCUGCUCGAUGGUUCCUUAUCCGAGGGAGAUCUUUUCGCUAUGGGCCUCGUGUGUCGCCACUUCAACCUCAUAGCCCUCCCAAUCUUCCUCCAAGCAUACGGUAUAGAAGAUCCCAGCGACACGAUCUCUGUCUCGGUACCGGUAUGGGACCUAGCGCACCGCAAGAGUCCCGACGCUCUCGCUGGUCUGUGUGCAACUGCGCAUGGAAUCACAUCUGUUCGCCUUCUGCGCUGCUUCUUCCAGGAGGCCUUGCCGCAGCCCAGUCAGCAGCCCGAGGUCGAAUUGCGCGCUACCCACCUUCCUCAUGCCGUGCGGCGCCUCACGCGUUUCGUGCACCGUUUGUCCCACAUCGAGGAUGCCCAGAUCUACCUCGUACGACAUGCGGACGACACGGUCCAAACUCGCAAGCCGUCGGACGGGUCCAGGCUCAGAGGAGCGCCGAUGGACGAGAUCUGCGACUGGGCAGACGCUCUAGGGGGGUUGUUGAACGCCAUCGUCGAACGAGGAUGCACGCGCUUGACGAAAGCACAGAAUAACCCGACGAUCCAAUACUUCUUCCUCCACUCGCCGACUCUCCUCCUUCCUCCAUUUACGAAUUGGACGCUGUCUCUCCUACACACCCAAACUUCGCUUACACACCUCUCCAUGGGCGACAUAGCCCUCGCCAAAGAACACUGGACAUUUAUCCUUCCCAUGAUCCCAGACUCGGUCUGCCAACGACUCAUCGCGUUCACUGUUGAGUCACAAUGCACGUCGCUGGGCGCCACCGACCUACUUCAGUUCCUCACUCGCCUGUCGCGAUUAGAGCGUCUCAAGAUCGACAAUAUAUUCGGCUGGGAGAUCUGGGCGAAAUGCCCAAUGCGAUCGCCUUUCCAUUCGUCUGCUACCCGACCGCCCUUCCGUGACGACAUUCCACUGCCCCGUUUCCCCCAUCUUCGGUUCUUGGAAGCGCCUGUGGAAGUGGCAUGGUUCCUCGUCGAAGCAGGGGCUUCCGGCGGGCGUUCAACAGAUAAACACCAGGGUAAAGAACAUGUCGCGUUUCCCUGCUUGGAGGUGCUGAUCAUGCAUUCCGAAACACUGAGCACCGACUACCCAGCGUGCUACGUCGAGGCGGCGCUCAUGGUCAACAUCCUUCUUCGCAGAUUUAUCGACAAUAGGAAUGCCGCAGAAGAAGAUCAUCCCAAGCUCGAAUUCGUCCUGAGCGCCGAGGCUGCCGACGUACGAAACUUGGAGCCCGUAGCAGACUUUAUCACGACGGUGACGACCAAGGAAGUACUGCAUCAUAACUCGACGGCGUACCGCGACAUCUCCCUCACCGAGGCGGAAAUAGAGGCUCUCGCAAGAGGAGACGCGUUUCCCCGUCCGGCCAACGCAGAACACCUUCCUAACAGUCCCAUGCACCAUAGACCCGCUAUCGCAUUUCCGCACGUAACGGGAUUGCUUCUCCAUACUCUCGACCCCGCCGAUGGGAACCUCCAACGCACAAUUCAUUCGCUAUGCCGAUACCUCAAUCUCCUGUUCCCGCAUGUGGCUAGGGUGGAAUUUACCGCUGGCCUUCCAGACAAGAAGACGACGGACAGAGGCGAGGAGGAAGAAAGAAGCGUCCUACAACAGGUUGCCGACACGCUGAAGCAGACGUGCCCGCAAGUUAAGCAACUUGGGGUGGGCGGCGAGAUAUGGAAUAUUUUUGAUAGUGACGAUGGUGUGAAGAAGAAGAAGGGGAAAGAGUGGACACGGAAGGUGGAGGUAAAGGAGAAAGUUGGGGAAGAGGUGGAAAGAUUGACGAAGAAGCUUCAUGGUCUAAAGGUCGGCGACAUCAAUUACGCGGCAACAUACAUCGAAUUGGUCAGGCUCGCACCUAUCACCGCAUCUGUCAUUCCGAAGCCUACAUCUUCCAUCUGGGGUCAGACAGAGAACCAAACCUCAACAUCAGGAGUCAACACAGUGCAAGCGCCACUUGCACCUCCUCGACGGAAGCCUUGCUAUUUCUGCAACAAUUAUGGCCAUGUUUUGCGGGCUUGUCGUUGGGUAGAAGACUAUGUUGCUGCAAAGCGGGUGGUGUGGAAAGACAACCUUCUCUAUUUUCCUGAUGAACGAGGUGGACAGGCAGUUGAAUUCAACCAACAAGGACUCAAAGUAGUGGUCGACAAGGCUUUUGGCGGACAACUCGAGAGGGCAGGCGACAGACCCCCACACAUGGCCACAACAUCUUUCGUAGUUGUAACGCCAGUCAGUGCAACCUUUGCCACAAUGGAGGAGGUUUAUGAUAGUGAGUGCAAAGGUGAGGAGGAGGACGAGAUUGCAUUGAUGGAGGUUUUCGAGGAGCUGAGAGAGGCAGAAGCAUUUGCGAUGACGAGAGGAAAAGCAAAGGAGUUGGAGAAGCAGAAGGCUGAUGAAGAAAAAGGGACCACUGGAAGAAAGGAGAAAUCAGCCAAAGUAUCAUCUAUGACACUGGAGAAAGCUUUUACCUAUGAAUCAGCAGCGGCGGACCCAGACGCAGCAUCCAAAAUGUACGACCGCAUCAUGAAGACACCCAUUCACGACAUGACUGUCGGCGACCUUGUUUCGCUGAGUGGUGACCUGCGUAAGCGCAUUGUCGAGCAGUGCCGCACGACAAAGACACCGGUUACGGUCAAUGCGACUGCUGCUACAAUGAGUGUCCAGUCUAUUCCGCUCGAAUAUUGUACGCCAUUGCGGGAGGUGGCUGUGAGGGUGGCAGCAAAGGUGGAUGAGAGAGCGUUGUUGGACGAUGGUUUGGAGAUUGUGGUGAUGCGGAGGGAUCUGUGGGAGGAGACAAGACACAAGGUCAAUAUGCGGCGAAAUAUGAUGAUGGAGACAGUGAAUGGUGACUUGGAGAAGAUGGAGGGUUGUGCUGAGUUCAUUGAGGUGGAGGUCAACGGCUUGAAGACAUGGGCGCACACCUUUGUGGUGCCUCAAGCCCCAUUCCGAUUGUUGCUCGGUCGACCAUGGCAGAAGAGUGUCCUGCUGCAGAAGGCGGAGUUCGAGGAUGGCAGACUUCAUGUCACAAUCCACAGCCCUUUGGACCGUUCAAAGAAAUGUGUGGUUGAAAUGAAGGAGAGAGAGUCGAGUGGAGGGAAAGGUCAGACAUUAAUGUUCCGAUCUAGGGAGGAUGUGUUGGAGGCUUGGAGGCGGUGGAGAGAAGGCGGAUGUGGUAAUGGGCUGGAGGAGGAGCCAGAAGGGGGUGAAGAGCCACCAUUUCCGACUUCCUAUGCCAACUUCAUCCUAGGAACAACUUUCGAGCAAGGCCCAACUGCGCAGACCUUGGCAUACAAGAAGGUCGCGAGGAGGAUAAAGCCGGUUUCGACAACGAUGCCUGAACGCGCCAAAGUCAAGUGCCAUUUUCCCGAGGAUCCGCUGGCUACACUACCAGCAGUGCCAGUGGUUCCUCCUGAUUUUAAACCAGGCAUACGAUUGACGGAGGAGAGGUUGGCGAAUUUGGGGAUCAUGGAGAAUGUGUUUUUGUGGCCGGAGGAGCGGAAGUUAGCGGCGGCGGUGUUGUUGGUGAACGAGACUGCCUUGGCAUGGAGUGAGGAGGAGAAAGGCCGUUUCCGUGAGGACUAUAUUGAGCCCGUGGUCAUUCCGGUCAUCGAGCAUAUUCCAUGGUUCAAGAAAAGCCCUCCCUUCCCACCAGCAGUCAGGGAGAAAAUUAAGAAGGUGGUCGAGAAGAAGUCGCCUCCGGAGUUUACGAAGAAUCUACCAGCUCUCAACAAGAAGAACGGUGACAUACGCAUCGUACACAACCUUGCACCGCUCAACGAGGUUACCAUAAAAGAUGGCUCACAACUUCCAAUUAUCGACCAGUACGCAGAGUUGUGCAGCGGCCGUGGUGUUUAUUCAACUCUUGACAUCUUUGUUGGCUUUGAUCACAGCUCCUUGGCAGAGGAAUCAAGAGAUCUGACAACAUUCGACACACCUCUCGGAACCCAUCGCCUCACAGUUUUGCCUCAGGGGUGGACUGGAUCGCCGGGGAUAUUCCAUCGCCAGGUUGCAUUUUUGCUGCAGCACGAGACGGAGAUAGCACCAAAUUUUGUAGACGAUGUGAUGGUGUUGGGGCCAUAG